GCUAAGUGCAGGGAGGCACCUCGCGUGCGCGGGUUUUCGGUGUGUCGGUGUAUUGUGUUUUAGUGUUUAGCCUUUACUACAUUUUCUUUUCUUUACGCUCGGACAUGUGUCUUCUUUCGUCUUCACCAAGGGCGUAGCUGUUUCGUUCGUAGGUAUAGGCGGCGUGCGUGGAGAGAGCAUGUAGCGUGAUCGCGACACUGUCGUGGUAAGCCCGAGCCCUUGGACGUCGAACGCGUUGAUCGGUGAUGGCACUGAGCCGCAAAAAACAGCGGAUGAAGCAGCCAGACUACAUGGAGAACGGCGACGGCAGCUACAAGACGAGGACGUUCGUCUUCGAGUCCCACAAGGAGUCUCUCACUGUGAAGAUCAUCGAGAUGAUGGACCCGAGCUACGGCAUGUACGUCUGGCCCUGCAGUCCCGUUUUGGCCCAGUACCUCUGGUUCAACCGGGAGCACAUCAAGGGCAAACGCAUUCUCGAGAUCGGUGCUGGCACCGGCUUGCCGGGGAUCCUGGCGGCUCUGUUGGGUGCUAGGGUGACCCUUUCGGACAGCUCGCCACUGGGGCUCAAGAACUGCCAGCGCAAUGUGGAGGCCAACGGGCUGACAGCCAACGAGGUGCCCGUGGUCUCCAUCUCCUGGGGACUCUUCAACCCGGCCCUCUUCCAGCUCGGACCCAUCGACAUCAUCCUGGGGUCCGACUGCUUCUACGACCCAAAAGACUUUGAGAACAUCAUUGUCACGGUGUCCUACCUGCUCCACCAGAACCCUCACGGGCGCUUCUGGUGCACCUACCAGAUACGAAGUGCGGACUAUUCAAUGGAAGGCCUGCUCCGGCAGUGGAAUUUGGUCUGCGUCCAAGUUCCGCUCGAAAACUUUGAGGCAGACUCGCCCAACCUCGCCGGCUCGGGCCUUCCGGGCACGCACACCAUUGAGAUGCUCGUGAUGAGCGUCAACACAACCGUGGAAACCUCUGCCGCGGACAAGGCGAAGACGUGAAGAAAAGAGUUCGCGCCCAGUGCAUUGCGUCCGCUGGCAGCGGUGGGAAAAUGUAGCAACGACGGCGCGUAUCAAACAUCUUUCUGACCCUAGUCAUGGUGUUUCGUUUACGUUCGCCCUCCCACCACACUUCCCAAAAAAGUUGUCAAAGAUGUGCCCUCAACCAAGCAUCUCAAUUCUCAACCAGGUAUCGUCGACCAGGAUGUGACCUCGACCACGAUGCAAGUUCUUCCAGGUAUGCAUGUAUCUGUGUGGCACAUCCGGACGCCACUCACAUGUCGCUACGCAGACUCGCUACACGAAAGUUUGCUUUGAUUUCUCGCAAACAUGCCAAGUUGUCUAGGUAAACCAUAAGAAGGGUUGGUAUUGGAAGUACUUGACAACCAUACUGAUAUCUGUACAUCGUUGUGCCACAUUUUCAAUGUAGCAACAUUGUUGACGUCUGUACUAACAGGUGACCCAUUCCUGUCUUAACGACAUAAAAGUGUAGCUUCAGAUGUUUGUGAACUGGCCAAGCAUGUCGUUCUAUGUGACUGUUUCAGAGGCACCGAACAGUCAACUGAAUUAAUGAGGACCUCACUAGAGUUAGGACAUGUAGCUGAAGCCGGCUAUAUAACCUAAGUCGAUGUAAUUUAGUUUUUUCUUGCAAAGAGCCAUGUGUCAAAGUUAAAAACUAAUUUUCAUAGUCUGUCGCACACCUCGAGUGAAGUUUGUUGACAUCGUGGUUCCUCAUCUGAAUGAUGUGCACACAUUGAUACAAUAGAAAGUUCUUUCAUGGUCAAAACGUAUGCAGUUGAUCGUUAUGUUGUUGAGAGAUGUGUUUCAAUGGUUCCUUGGCUCUCAGAAUGUAGACGCAUUCGAUGGUGAUUCUUAAUCCAAUUGUCACUAUGAAAACUUGAAAUGGAGCUCAUUCUGGCCAGUCUACUGGAUAAUUGCAGGCAUUGCGAAGUUUUGUCUAAAUUGUUCCCUUUCCAGACAUUCGUAAUAAUGCAGACAUUGCAGCCAUUUGCACUAAUUUGAGAUCCUUCCUUUUUGUUAACGUUACUUCAUUUCCUACCACUUCGUUCUCACACUUUUCGUGUUUCCACGCGUUGGACCGACACCAUUAGGAAGUCCCCGCCUCGACCCAUGCUGCCGCAUUUUCCUUCGGCAGAACACUUUGCAAGUGUUUCACGCACCUGCAGCACAUUGCUUCUGCAUUGUAUCUUUCUUGCACUCACUUUCCUAUGCGAUGCUUUGACGCCCCGGUAUCGGGGCAGACUGUGCCGUAAUAUUUGCGUUUCUAUACCUCGUGAACUCGGAGUUGCUGCUUCGCACAGUGCGAUACCGCAUCUUCAUUUUUUUACAUUUCCCGCUUAGUAUUCUUACACGCAAGAAAAGUAUUACCUGUGUGCUGCCAGGAGGGUAAUAUUUAUUGUGUUCAACCGCAUCUUCGAAUAUCAGUUUAAUGUCUAUUAUUGUCUAUCCCUUAGUUCUGCAUGUGAAGUUAAUGCGGCAUCGAGUGGUUUAAUGUUAUCAACUCGCUCAGCCAUCUUAGGAGUGUGUCGUUAUUCUCUCCCGAGAAGCCACUGUAGGUGGCUCAACGUUAUGGGUGUGAUCGUGACAUCGCUAGCAAGUUAGCACCGAGCUGCAGCGAGCGAGACUAAUUUAUGAGGUGAAACGGCGCCCGCUCGGGCGUUUCACUUGAGUCGCGCUACCAUUGUUGCCACGCAGGUCAGCGCAGCAUGCGCAGUUGGCGAAGCGAGCGCGCUCUCCCUGAAAGUUCGCCACUUCAAUAUUAAUCAGUGGCGAUUGGUGGGCAGGCAUUAUCUGCUCUGGUAUUGCUGCUGGCAGCUAAUUUAAAGCACUGCGUGGCAUGUAAUUAUUGCAGUAUUUGGUAUCAACUGUCGUGGUGUUUCCUGGCACGCAGAAUGAAAUCGUGGAAAGCCUAGAAUCCAUACAAGGCGGCAUUGCGAUUCUUGUGCACUCUGUCUGUCGGAGCACGCGUAAAAGGCUUGUACGCCCGUGAAAAUGUUUAAUAGUUUCACCCGAGCAGUGAUUUCUGGAUGUAGUAGUUUCAAAUUUCGUUGAGAUGAAAUGAGAUCGGCAGUACGACGAUCAUGCUCACACCUAUAUGAGCACAUGAUCGCGCAGAUAAG